UCCCGUCUAAACUAAAUCGCUCUUUCGUCUCCCACUUAGCUGUGACAGCCAUCCUCCAAUGUGCUUACUCAGUGGCUAACGAGAGCGGUCGUUAUUGCACCUGCUUCGGUAGUGGUCGUUUGGUAACAUCCACCCGCCACGCGCUACGAGACCACUGGUGACCAAAUUUAAACAUCCGAAGAGAUCAUUUAGCGUCAUGGAUGUAAGGCUGCAUCUCAAGCAAAUUGCGUUUCUGUGUUUUAUCUGCUUUUUCCUAACGCCCUGUGGAUUAGCUUGUGGUCCUGGUAGAGGUCAUGGAAAACGAAGACACCCAAAGAAAUUAACCCCGUUGGCUUACAAGCAGUUCAUUCCCAAUGUUGCCGAGAAAACCCUUGGUGCCAGCGGCAAAUACGAAGGCAAAAUUACAAGAAAUUCAGAGAGAUUUAAGGAAUUGAUUCCCAAUUAUAAUCCAGACAUCAUCUUUAAAGACGAGGAAAACACAAAUGCUGACAGACUGAUGACACAGCGCUGUAAGGACAAGUUGAAUUCAUUGGCGAUAUCUGUGAUGAACCAGUGGCCGGGUGUUAAACUGCGCGUGACAGAAGGCUGGGAUGAGGACGGUCAUCACUUCGAAGAGUCACUGCACUACGAGGGCCGGGCGGUCGACAUCACUACAUCAGAUAGGGAUAAAAGCAAGUAUGGGAUGUUAUCAAGGCUUGCGGUGGAGGCAGGAUUUGACUGGGUCUAUUACGAAUCUAAAGCUCACAUACAUUGCUCUGUGAAAGCAGAAAACUCAGUGGCUGCUAAAUCAGGAGGAUGUUUUCCUGGAUCUAGCAAGGUGACACUCGCCGAUGGGAGGAGUACACAUAUCAAAGAUCUCAAACUGGGAGAUAAGGUUUUAGCUGCGGACGAGAAGGGAAAUAUUUUAUUCAGCGACUUUAUAAUGUUCAUCGACCACGAUCCCACAACCAGACGGCAAUUCCUCGUCAUCGAGACGGCAGAGCCUUAUAAAAAGCUCACCCUCACAGCAGCACACCUAGUUUUCAUUGGGAACGGUACAUCUAUUUCAGGUAUGACAGCGACAUUUGCCAGCAAUGUGAAGCCUGGAGAUAAGCUUUUAGUUUCGGAUGGCACACGCGAGACCCUCACGAGCGUUACAGUGAAGAGGAUUUACACUGAAGAGCACGAGGGCUCGUACGCGCCGGUCACCGCGCUCGGAACUAUAAUAGUGGAUCAGGUGCUGGUUUCUUGCUACGCGGUUAUUGAAAAUCACAAAUGGGCGCACUGGGCUUUUGCACCGGUCCGAUUAAGUCACGCGCUGAUGACGUGGCUCUUUCCGGCUCUUGAUUCAAACGUCACAUCGCAGGAGGACGGCGUCCACUGGUACUCAAAUAUGCUCGUGCACGUUGGCUCUUGGCUGCUGGACAGAGACUCUUUCCAUCCACUGGGGAUUUCGCACUCGAGUUGAGACUGCAUACAUUAAAUGAACAGACUCAAAUGUAUCUUUAUUUUCUGCAAGAAGCCUUAAAGUGUUCAUUAAGUAAUUUAUUUGUAUCGGAUAAUUUGUCUCUGGAAAUGUAUACACUUAUUCAAGCAUGAUGUGUAUUUUUUGCGCAUUCUGGUAAACCUACGAGAGAUUAUAGAACAAAUGUAGGCUUACAUCUCUAGAGAAAGUAUUAGGUUUGUUUGACUUGAUGCGGCACUGCGCAGACUGAACUGCGUAUGACAUCAAAGUACCUGUCGCGAUACUUUGAUGUCAUACGGUGCUCGGUCUGCGCAGAGUGGCGCAUGAAGUCCAACACACCCAUUGAAUCUACAGCGCUGUGCCAUGUGCGACUGUUUUAUUUUGUUAGAUAAGCAUAUAGAGUGUCGCUAAAAAUAUAUAUUUUUAUACACAGAUUUGUAUAUUAUUAGAUUUUGAUGGAUUUAAAGUAUUUCCAGAAACAUAUUUCGUUAUUUGAAAUAGUGAGAAGUACGGAGUUAAGAUUAAUGGAAAAAAGUGCGAUGUAUUAUUAACGAACUGUUUACGCGUGUCAUUAUGUCGAGUGUCAUUGUUUUGACCGCAGUCCUAACGUUUGUGUGUUUGCCACACUUUCAGAUAUUUUUAUUAUAAAGUGUACCUUAAGUACUUAAAAUAAAUGAAUGGUACGACAAAAUUGCCCAAAGGUUUGUAGAGCACAGCGUGUUUUAUCUGCUUUAAACAACAUAGAUUAAUUUGAAUAAGCAGCAAUUCAAAAGUGUAUAGUGCCCAGACGUCAGAUUUGUUCUUUCUCAAAGCUGCAUAAAACCUGUGUUUGAAUGUAUAUUAUACUGUAUCCUAUUUUUGAGUUGAAAAGUGCAAACACCAAAAUGCAUAACUCCAAAAUCUAAUUAAACAAAUAACAUUUUUACGCGAGUAUCUGUCGUUAAUCCAAACGCAUUAGUAUUGUUAGGUUAAACAUUUGAGAGUAAACUGCACAAUAUGAUUCUCUUGUAUCCAUAAUAAGAGUAGAUCAGCUGAUGGUGUGUAAUGUGCAGGCAGUGCGACAUCUGCUGGAUAAUUAAGGAUCUGUCGUAAUGUGCAGACUGUAUUGACUGCUAUCUCAUAUUAGUUUAUGACACUGCAUCUCAACCUCAAUGACUUCCACUGUCAAUAACAACAAUACAUAAAGGCCUCUUUUGCUCACAAUUUCUACUUGAUAAAAUAUUUUACAAUCUCUAAAAAGGUACAAAAGCUGUUACUGGGACAGUACCCUUUAAAAAGGUCCCAGUAUGUACCAUUUACAGUAGGUACGUAUGUGUUGUGUACUAAUAUGCAC